AAGAGAAAAAACACAAAAGCCCUCUCCACAAAAACCCGCAACAUCUCCAGCCGAGCCCGAAUCCCACCCUCGUUCCUAUCGCCACCUCCGCGCCUCGACUCGCCGCGCCAAUGGAGGCCGCCGCCGCCGCCGCGCCAGCCAGAUCCGCGCUCCCCUUCCCUGGCCGCCUCGCCGCCGCCGCCCGCCCAGGACGCGCGCCGCUGCCCGCCCCGGCACGGCGCCUCGUCGCUCGGCCCCUUCGCGCGGCGGGGGAUGGCGCCGCCCACGCGGUGGAGGCCAAGGAGGCGCUCCCCAUCGAGAAAAGGUUCCCUCCCUUCCCGAGCGUCAUGGACAUCAACCAGAUCCGCGAGAUCCUGCCCCACAGGUUUCCAUUCCUUUUGGUUGAUAGAGUUAUUGAGUACAAGGCAGGAGAAUAUGCGGUUGGGAUCAAGAAUGUCACGAUAAAUGAUAAUUUCUUCCCUGGGCAUUUCCCAGAACGACCGAUUAUGCCUGGUGUUCUCAUGGUUGAGGCUAUGGCCCAGGUUGGGGGUCUGGUGAUGUUGCAGCCUGAGGUUGGCGGAUCUCGGGACAAUUUCUUUUUUGCAGGGAUUGACAAAGUGAGGUUCAGGAAGCCAGUAAUUGCUGGGGAUACCUUGAUCAUGAGAAUGACUCUGACCAAGUAUCAGAAAAGAUUUGGUCUUGCCAAGAUGGAAGGAAAAGCUUAUGUUGGUGGCGACCUAGUAUGUGAGGGCGAGUUCCUCCUGGUUAGCGCAACCGAAUAGUGCGAAGGGCACCUAGUAUUGUGUGAUUCUCUUGUAGAAUCAUGAUUAGAAUGGGAUGAGGUCCAUUGCUUGAGGAAGUUAGGUUCUGAACUGAACUUGCGGCAUUUGAGGCUAUCUUUUUAUUUACCUGUUAGGUACUUAGGUGCGUUGAGUCCAAAUGUCCAAAGCGCUAUAUGUUAAGUUCAGGCGAUUAAUUCUGCAAACCUGGCUGUGUGCUGUUGUAAACUUGUAAUACAUGAUACAAUCUCUUCCAUACAAUUUCAUGAAAUAAACAAUGCUUGUUGGGUUGUGCUUA